UAAGAGGCAACCAUUUAUCAUUUCAAUACCCAAAGUUCCUCUUACUUUCUCAUCCUCCCCUUCUCCAUGAGAGAUUUCCUUCAAUCUCUCCAUCAAUACCUUUCCCUUAUUUCACACAGUCUAUUGAGGGAACAUGCCUAAUCAUCCCGUUUUGGUUUCAGGUGCGGUAAUCAUAGCUGCUGUGGCUGUAGGCGCGGCGAUAGCAGUAUAUGAAUCACCACAAGCCCGACAAUUCGCUGAAGAUGUUCGUCGUCGAAUCGCAGUCGCAUUACAUUCCCUCGGCGAUGAAAUCAAUCCAAAUAGUCGACAGCCCCGUUUCAACCGACCUGAGGAUGCAGAGGGUUUUAUGCAGAGUGCUUCGGAAGUAGGUGUAGAUGCCGAUGAGGAUAGUCGGAGAAAACAGAGAGAGGAAUUGAUGUAUUGGAAUGCAGUACGCAUGGAAAGAAUGGAAAAGGAGCAGAGGAUGGAUGAAAGGAGACCAGCGGGAAACCCGAGCCGAAAGCCGAGUUUUGAGGAUUUCUUACAAGAGGAUCCCAAUGCUGAGAAGGGCACUUUCGUUUACAACACUGGUACAGAUUUGAAUGGUCAAGCUGAAGAGGGUCUUACCCAUCGACGCGGUGUCCGAGGUUUAAAUCGAUCGACAAUCUACGCAAACCCAUUUGCAGAUGAGCACGGUAUUGACAGCGAGGAACAACAAGCUAUGGAUAGAAGUUUAAUGUCUCCUGAAGACGGCGAACACUACGAAUCGGACUCUGAAGGAUUGUACAGUUGCCACGAAGGUCGAACUCGAUCCCGCUCUCGUCAAAGUACCUCCACUCUUUCACCAGCAGAACCUAUCGCCCACGAAGACGCCGAAACUCUUGUUGACCUUUCUGAGCCAUUCAACCCAGAUCCACCAGUCUCCGUACCUACUCUUGAAAAUUUGGAAACUGAGCAAACUUACACAGCAAGAGCACAAGACAAUGAAAAUCCAUUCGCAUCCAUUCACGCUUGGGCCGAUCAUACCGAUAACGCAACUGGCUUUUAUUCUCCUCUCCCUGCUACACCUCACGAACGUCCUUCAACUCCAACCGCCACCCAAAGCGCCCAAGUUACUCCCCCAUCACCCACUAUCUCCGAUCCCGAUUAUUCCUCUCUCGAAUCUCUCGAUGGAGAUGGAAUGAUUACUCCCACAGAUUCCGCCUCAUUAGCCGGUUCAGGCGAAGAAAUCUGGCACCCCAGAAGCGGCGCUACCAGCGACGCCGAUGUCAUGAGUGUAGAUGACGGAAUCGUCACACCAGAUAGCUGGUCGGAAAUUGGAAGCUUAGCAAGCGAAGAUGGAGUACACCAUUAAUCAUUCGUAUCGACUCAUACACUACCCACACGUAUUGAGAAGCUACAACGUCUACCCACUCACUUACAAAGCAUGCGGUCUAUACCAAGCGUAGGAGUUGCGUUCGGCGUCGGAUACAUACUAGAUGUCACAUGGUACAGAAAAGGCAUGGGAAUCAUCACAAUUAGCUAGAGCGAGCUGCAGGAACAGUAAAUUGGGGGUAUAACAGCUUGGGAAUACAAGCAUGGCGUCGGGAUUAUGGGAUAUGGGAAUGAGGAGGUUGGCGUAUUGGUGGGCUUAUCUAACGUUCUCUAAAUUGAUCGAUUAACAUAUUAAAAAUUUGUUCUAAUAUUUAUUAACUGUUCCUUGUUGUUAUGAGACAGGGUGUUGAAAAGUGAUAUUUUUACGUGGUUUGAUGUUA